GACUCCAAAGAACCUAACCCUGCCCGCUGGCUGAAGAUGGCGAUUACUGCCAGACGAGUGAUCGGGCCAGGGCCGGCGGGGCCAGGGCCGGGGCCAGGGCCGGGGCCAGGGCCGGGGCCAGGGCCGGGGCCAGGGCCGGGGCCAGGGCCGGGGCCAGGGCCGGGGCCAGGGCCGGGGCCAGGGCCGGGGCCAGGGCCGGGGCCAGGGCCGGCGGGGCCAGGGCCGGGGCCGGGGCCGGGGCCAGGGCCGGGGCCAGGGCCGGGGCCAGGGCCGGGGCCAGGGCCGGGGCCAGGGCCGGGGCCAGGGCCGGGGCCAGGGCCGGGGCCAGGGCCGGGGCCAGGGCCGGGGCCAGGGCCGGGGCCAGGGCCGGGGCCAGGGCCGGGGCCAGGGCCGGGGCCAGGGCCGGGGCCAGGGCCGGGGCCAGGGCUCACUCACUCUACCCUCCCGACGGUGCAGGGACGUGACGUCAACUCCGCAACCAACAUCCGGCACGCGCUGGUGGAGAUGCUGCUGGGGCACAAGCGACCUGCAUCGCUGCAGACUGGCGGAGGCGGCGGCAGCGGUGGCGGCGGCAGCAGCGGCGGCGGCAGCGGCGGCGGCGGCGGCAGCGGCGGCGGCGCGUGCGCGCAUCUUGGUAGCGGAGGGGGCGGGAAAGGCCACGUGGAGGAGGAGAGCGCAGCGCCGCCCAAGAAGCGGCGCAAGCGCGCAGGCUGAGGAGCCGGCUGGUGUCUAGGUAGCCGUCCGCGGUGCGGGCUGGCAGGGCAUGCGUAGGGGCAUGACAAGUAGUGCGGCUGUUGACAAGUCUGCUGCGUCUGGCUACGGUUGGCUCUGCUGUGGCAUCGCGACUGCUAGAUAGGCACCUGGUUUGGCUAUGUGCCUGUGGAAACCGACCCCGGCUAUGUCCGGGCGAUGAGGUUGUUCGGCCUCAGACUGUGGAAGGGCUUAGCCCCUUUUCCCGUGACCGGGGAACACUUGUCUGCAACAUUCUGCUAUGCAGUAGCAAAUGGAUCAAGGCAACGCGGGCCCGUCAAGAGCAGCGGUACCAAGAGAGCCCGUCGUUGCUUCUUCCCAGUGGCAUCAUCACAGUACGGUGCACAUAUUAAAGACCUGGCGGCGGCGGGCACUGUAGCAGGACGACUACCCAAUGCCCUGCGGUGUCAUACCUUGGUGCGCGGAAGCAGAGGAGAGGACGGAGCGGGAAGCGCCGACUCGGAAGUGGGCUUGCGGUAGAAGGCGCUAAACAUGAACUAGAGAGAGAUAGACCGG